UUUAGCCCAGCCUCCCCGCCGCAGGAAAACAAAAAAGGAUCUUGAGUGGCGGGCGGCGUGGUUAUUGCAAAUACGUGAAGUUUACCGCGCUGUUUCAAGAGAACAAAAUGGGCAAAAAACAGAACCCCAAAGGCAAGAAAGACGGCCAGACACAAGAGGAACCUGAAGAAUUUGUUGUUGAAAAAGUGCUGGAUCAGCGGCUGGUCAAUGGAAAAGUGGAGUUCUUCCUGAAAUGGAAAGGAUUUACAGAGGCUGACAACACCUGGGAGCCUGAGGAGAACCUAGACUGCCCUGAAUUGAUUCAAGCCUUUCUGGAUUCGCAGAAGGACAUCAAGGAGAAACCUGCUGCUGUUAAGAGAAAGGCAUCAACAGACGAGACAUCGUCAGAACCCAAGAAGCAAGAUGUGUCAGGGAAACCACGAGGCUUUGCUCGGAACCUUGACCCAGAACGAAUCAUUGGUGCAACAGACAGUAGUGGGGAGUUGAUGUUUCUGAUGAAAUGGAAAGACUCAGAUGAAGCAGACUUGGUCCCAGCCCGCGAGGCCAACACUCGCUGCCCUCAGGUGGUCAUAUCUUUCUAUGAGGAGCGACUGACGUGGCAUUCCUGUCCAGAGGAUGAAGCCUAGUAAUUCUUGCUGUUCCUUUCACCUCCUCUGCCCUCUGGCCUGCAUUUUAGCUUUAGCUAGUACCUUUAGAUGUUUUUGAAACUGUUCAGCAACACUUUGCAUUGUAUGAGGAGGGAUUUGUUCCUGUACAUAUAUCAGAUGUGUUUUUUGAUGUAUUUUCAGAAAUUAUCUGCUGUCCAAGCAUGAUUUCUUCUUUUUUUUUUAAUUAAUCUGUCUGCACUCCUACAURUUUCAAUUGUAAGUUGUUACUGGAAUAUGUUAAGCGUUUGGCUUCACAAAAGUUUUUUUUUUCCUAUAAGUGCUGACAGGUGUUCUUUAAGAGGAUUUAGUUUACUGUUUGUAAUUUCAGGGUCAAAUAAAAGUUUUACAUUUAAGUUUUGCAACUUAAAUUGAUUUUAUAUGGCUCCAAAGACACGUGUAUGCAAAAAUUAGACAAGAAAAAUAGUUAGGUCUUAAUGUUUGUCUAGGUACUCUGCAAGCCUUUAAAAGUUUUCACUUUCAAAACGAAGUUGCAGAUCGUUUUCUAUUGAUUUUGUAAAGUUACUAGCAGAUGUAUAACUGAACAACUGUCAAAGUUUGGAUGGCAUUUCUGACACAUUGUAGAGGUUAUUGUUGCUAUGAAAAUCCCUUGGAUAACUUUCCAAUAAAGCUAAUCUCAAAAUGG